AUGACAUCUACCCUUCCACCCCUCGUCCAAGCCGUGGCUGGCGCUGUAGGCAGCGCAUCAGCCAAUACUCUGACAUACCCUUUGGAUCUAGUCACAACAAGAAAUGCGCUUGACUUGAAAUCUCCGCACGUAUUCACGAAACAACUCGAAACCUCCACUCGAUUCCAAGCAGUACGAAUCCUACGCUCCAUUAUCCAAUCAGAUGGUGUCAGGGCGCUUUACGAUGGUUUAAUGACUGAUACAGCGAGUACGCUCAUUUCUAAUUUCUUUUAUUUUUAUAUUUAUUCAUUCCUUCGUAAACUCCUCAUCCGGCGUAUCGCUGGAUCUCAAUCGAGCAGUACAUCCCCAUUGAAGGGGUCAUCAUCUACGAAACCUCUUCCUUCGAUUAAAUUAGCCGUAUGGCAAGAUCUUGCGUUGGGAUUCAUGUCCGGCGUUGCUUCGCGAGCAGUGUCGAUGCCGCUGUCUAUAAUUACUCUGCGACUACAAACAGGCCGACAUGAGGACUCGUAUGAGUCUGGUAUGGUCAACCAAGAGCCUGAAGCAAGAGGGAAUGCAGUAAUUCAGACUGUGAAAAAGAUUUACGAGGAGCAAGGAUUCAGCGGAUUCUGGCGCGGCUUCAAUACAUCGAUCCUGCUCUCGCUAAAUCCAUCAAUAACACUGGCGUUCUUUCAGCUCCUCCGGCGAUUGCUAGCAUUGAUUCGUCGACGACACUCGAAUUCUCAACCAGUUGUGAUAAUGGAUCCUACUCCGGGUGAAGCUUUCUUCGGCGGGGCAAUCUCAAAUUCAAUUGCUGUAACGCUGCUGUACCCUCUCAUUCUCUCCAAAACACGCCUCCAGGCCUCGCGUAGUAGGUCAACUAAUUCAUUUGGAUCCGAGUCUCAGUCAACGUCGAGGCCGAAGACGCUGGGUGCUGUUAUGCUUGAUGCGUACUAUGGGCGAUAUCAUCAUGGUACGAGUAGUAUUAGAAGCACCAGUGACAAGCAGGUUCGCCGGGCUAGUGGCAUCAACGGCUUAUAUCAAGGUCUCGAAAUGCAGAUACUAAAGGGGUUCUUAAAUCAAGGUGUAACAUUUCUUGUGAAAGGGCGGAUCGAACAACUUCUUAUCGAAGCAUACAUGAGG